GCAGCUAUGUGUUAUGUACAUGUGGCGGCACUUGUAGCUGAGUACCUUAGAAGAAAAGGCAUGUUUAAACAGGGCUGCUCAGCCUUUCGAGUGAUCACCCCCAACAUUGAUGAAGAAGUAUCUAUGAUGGAGGAUGUCGGCAUGCAGGAUGUUCAUUUCAAUGAGGAUGUGCUGAUGGAGUUGCUGGAACAGUGUGCAGAUGGGCUGUGGAAAGCUGAGCGCUAUGAACUAAUAGCUGAUAUUUACAAGCUCAUCAUCCCCAUCUAUGAGAAACGCAGAGAUUUUGAGAAACUUGCCCACUUGUAUGACACGCUGCACCGUGCUUACAGUAAAGUGACAGAGGUUACCCACACAGGGAAAAGGCUUUUGGGAACAUAUUUCAGAGUUGCCUUUUUUGGGCAGGCAGCGCAGUACCAGUUUACUGACAGUGAGACAGAUGUGGAGGGAUUCUUUGAGGAUGAGGACGGCAAGGAGUACAUUUAUAAAGAACCCAAAUUCACACCCCUGUCUGAGAUCUCCCAAAGACUGCUUAAACUCUACUCAGACAAGUUUGGCCAAGAGAAUGUCAAAAUAAUUCAAGAUUCUGGGAAGGUUAACCCAAAGGACUUGGAUUCAAAAUUUGCAUACAUUCAAGUCACCCACGUGACUCCUUUCCUUGAAGAGAAAGAGCUGGUUGACAGAAAAACGGAUUUCGAGAAGAGCCACAACAUCCAGCGUUUUGUGUUUGAGAUGCCCUUCACAGGAUCGGGGAAGAAACGAGGAGGCGUGGAAGAGCAGUGCAAAAGGAGGACCAUCCUAACGACUACGCAUUGUUUUCCAUAUGUAAAGAAGAGGAUAGCUGUCAUGUACCAGCACCACACAGAUCUGAACCCCAUUGAGGUGGCUAUUGAUGAAAUGAGUAAGAAGGUGGCAGAGCUGAGGCAGCUGUGUUCCUCCCCUGAUGUUGACAUGAUCAAACUACAGCUGAAGCUCCAGGGUAGUGUGAGUGUGCAGGUAAGGACUCUCAACUCCGUAAAAAAAGAGAAAUUACUAUACAAACAAUUUAGGCCAUCUAGGUGUUUAAGGACUGGUUUAUGUAUUUCUGUCAAAGAAAGAAAAAUUAUUAUUUGUACUGGUCCGGUAUACAGUGACUAUAGGAAGUAUUCACCCCCC